AUGGCGGCUGCGAAUAGAGCACAACCUGCAUUUUGCCUUGGGGAACACACCUUAAGUGUGCCUAUGGAGCUCCAUAAGGAGAACAGGAAACGGUUGUGUGAGCGGCUCCGAGCUAACAAGAACGUGCCAAAGAACUCAGUGGUGGUGAUGCAGGGAGGGGAAAGUGCAACACAGUACUGUUCUGAUACGGAACUGCUCUUCAGACAGGAGUCCUAUUUUCAGUGGAUGUUUGGUGUAGCAGAACCUGAUUCCUAUGGUGCAAUUGAUGUAGACACAGGAGUGGGGAUUUUGUUCAUACCAAAGUUACCUGAAAGCUAUGCAACUUGGAUGGGAAAGAUCCAUCCACCUGAGCACUUUAAAGACAAAUAUGGCGUUGAUAAAGUAAAGUUUGUUGAAGAUAUUGCUACUGUUCUGAAGAAUAUGAAUCCAUCAAAACUACUCAUUUUGAGGGGACUUAAUACUGACAGUGGCAAACAUUGCAGAGAAGCAGCUUUUGAUGGCAUAGGGGAUUUCACUGUGGACAACAAGUUGUUGCACCCUGAGAUUAUGGAGUGCCGAGUGAUUAAAACAGACAUGGAGCUGGAGGUGUUGCGUUAUGUGAACAGAAUCAGCAGUGAGGCUCACAAAGAGGUGAUGAAGAGCAUCAGGCCAGGCAUGUAUGAAUACCAGAUGGAAAGUGCAUUCCAGCACUAUUGUUAUGUGAAUGGUGGAAUGAGGAUUAUGUCAUACACGUGUAUUUGUGGAAGCGGUUUCAACAGUUCCAUUCUCCAUUAUGGACAUGCUGGUGCCCCCAAUAGCAAGAAAAUCCAGGAUGGAGACAUGUGUCUAUUUGACAUGGGUGCUGAAUACCACUGCUACACCUCAGAUAUCACCUGUUCCUUCCCUGCCAACGGCAAGUUCACAGAGGACCAGAAGAAGAUCUACAACGCUGUGUUCAAGGCAAGCCGUGCCGUCAUGCAGGCAGUCAAGCCAGGAGUGUCCUGGGUUGAGAUGCAUAAGUUGGCAGAGCGCCAGAUUUUAGAGGAGCUGAAGCGACACGGCUUACUCCAGGGAGAGGUGGACCACAUGAUGAAGGUCCGCCUGGGAGCUGUGUUCAUGCCACAUGGGCUGGGACAUUUCAUGGGACUGGAUGUGCAUGACGUGGGAGGCUACCCAGAGGUGAGAUUGCGUUGA